AUGCUACCGCAUGCUGUCUUUACGGUCGCUGCCAUUAUAUGGCUAUCGUACAGACUUGUGCUUUUCUUGGGAAUCCCUGUUUGGCGAAUCGUAUCAACCUUGGGACUUCAAGUUCCACAAACGACGAGAGUGUCAAUAGACGACAUCACCGAGGAUACAAUCACAAUUCGUUGGGAAAACGAACCAACAAAUGCUCACGAAAAGAGUAGCUCGUCGAUAGCGUGCUACAUGCUGUAUCUGAAUAACGUGAAGAUAGGAACGAUCCCUAACAUCACAACCUCGCUUUACACAUGUUGCUCACUCCAAGGGCUUUCGCCGCAGACGCAAUAUCAGUUCGAUUUCGUGUGUGUAAAUGAAGAUGGGUUCAAGAACAAGGUGCCUUCCAUUUACGUGAUGACCAAGCCUCAGUCUACCGGCGAACACACCAGUCAAAACAGCUUGGACGAUUUGGAUGCGAAACCGAUGCUGGCGCCCAAUUUCCCAGCUGAAGCCAAGUGGAGAAAGAGUCAAGUGGCCGUUUACACAGAAUCACCUACUUCCUACGCUAGUUUGACGUCCCUGCAAGACCUGGAUGACUUCUCCAUUACUGAUUUGAAAUAUAUCCUGGUCUGUGCACAGGAAGACCUACACGAUGUCCUACAGCAAGAGGCUUCUAUACUGCAAGAUUUUCACGAAAGUGAAGAACAACUGAAAUUGGAACUCGACAAUCUAAGGGCCCAGUGGGCCCACGAAAUCGACCUCAGAAAAAGCCUCAAAUCGAGUAUCAAAUCUCUUGAAAACUCCAAACUUCUUUACGAUCUCAAACGCGGUAAACUGGACAAGAACAUCGACCAAAGUGCCAAUAAAAUACAAAAAAUGAAAAACGACAUGGCCAAGUGGGACCAAGAGAAAAAAAAUCAGCUCAGGCAGGACACUCUUCUCGAAAAGUUUAACGAUGAAAAAAAGUCUCUGCUCGAAAGAAUCGAUCAGGUUUCGGCUCAGGUGAAAGAGCUACAUUCUCAAGUCUCGAGCCAAGAGGAAGAAAACAAGAAAUUGAGCUCAGCCAAGAAAUCGAUGGACUCCAGUCAAAAUGCUACUUCGACAACCACAUUGGGCAGUUCAACGUCUUCGAAAAGAGAUAGCCCGGUUGAAAAUGUCUUGAAUACAUCUAACACACUCAGUCUGGACUCUAUCUUCAAGAAGAUCCAUGAUUUCACCAACGACAAGACUGGCAUUCUGAGCAACGCUGGUCAUGAAUUUUUGAAUUCUUUGGGAAACAACUCUGUUAUAGCUGCCCUUGUGAGAGAUGAACUGAAAAAAGACGUCGAUCUCGAAAAUCAAUGGCGCGCUAAAAAGCUGAAAAUGAAAAAGCGCAAUGAGAUGAUGGAAUCACUUUGGUCUGAGAUUAGCAUUAAGAAUAGAGAAUUGAUGGCUGCCCUUACCGCAAGACCAUACGUAUCGUCUCAUCAAGAUUCUCCCGAUGGGAGUACGCCGCAUUUGACCUUGCAUGAUCCAAGUACUUAUACUUCGGGUGACACCCAGCAAGACACGUCUGCUUACGCUGAGAUUCCAUUUCGGCAUGCUUCUCCUGCGCCACACAAUAAUCUAGCGUACAGUAAUUGGAAUAUGCAUAACCAAAACGGCCAUCAAAUGGGUUUGGGGCCUGAAGAUCACCACUUUGACUAUGACAGCUCGCACCAUUUGUUAAGCGGGCUGCAAAACAUGAUUUCUGAGGCCGAAUAUCAGGCAACGAAUGUUAGUACAUCGAAACUGUACACUACAGAUCAGCUGGACAAUUAUUGGAGCCGUCAGACAGCUCCUGAUUUUCUAUCUCAGGGUGAAAAUGCGAGCUGCGGGACGCAGCCGGCUCGUUUACCACUCUUAUCUUCUAGCUCUAUCUCAGAACCGCACCACGUUGCUUCCCAUAUGCGUAUGCUCAGCAAUGAUUCAUUCGGACCUUUAUCAAUGCCCCGUGAGGAAGACCUAUCAGGGUUUGUGCAGACGCCACUUGUGCAGAGAGACGAUGUCAUAUCGUUCGGCUCGGGAUAUAACAAUGAUCCUGCGACAAGAACGUCACCAUUGUCUUUGCCAAUGAAGGAAGAAAUCGGUAAAGACAGCUUGUUUGGUACAAAUCAUUUUAACAAUAUAUGGAAUAAUUCCUCCGCUGUGGAAUCUCCAACGGUUGAGAAACUUCAAACACCGAAGUCUCAGCAUAAUAGGAGCAACAGCCGGGGAAGCUGGGGACUGCCGCACUUUAUGCAAAAAUCUCCCAAAUCUACUCAAGGUAACAACAGCACAGCUCCCUCAACCAGCGAAAGUAAAGACCGAGAAACACACGGGGGCGAACGACGCGUGUCUAAGCUACUCACAAAGAGCGGGAUGAAUCACCUUUUCAGAUCUCCGACUCACGAGACGCCAUGA